AUGAUCUCCAACUCAAUCCUAUCAAAGCUAAAAUCCUCGGUUUCAUCAGAUAACGAACUAGAAAGUGGCAGCUACACGCCUCUCCACAUGACUCCCAAGCAGCUUUCAAAGCCCCCAUCUUCUCGAAGCUCAUUUUCUUCCUCAAACUCAAUCGAUAUUACAAAUUCAAACGGCAAGAAAUGCUAUGUAUGCGGCAAAAGUUUCACAAUUCGGCGAAAGCACAUAUGCAAAUUCUGCAGCAACGCUGUCUGUUCAGACGAUUCUCAAAAAACCAGGAUGAUGGAAGGAUUUGACGAGCCACAAAGAAUCUGCGACUUGUGUGACCAGGAAGAGACCAAAAAAGAAAUUGACCAAGAAAUUGAAGAAGAAAUCAAACAAAUGAACGCUGCUCUAAAAGUUGAGCGAGAAGCCAACGAAAGGCUAAACAGAGAAUAUUUCGAUGUGACAGCAUCGGUAAACCAGCUCGAAACCGAAAUUCAAGAAGCCAAAAAUAAGUACGACACCAAAAUUGCUGACUUAAACAAGCAAAUCCAAGCUGAACAGGAAGAAAAAGCAAGAAUUAGAGAAAUGAUAGAAAAGCACAAAAAAGAUAUAGAAGAGUCUAUAAGGGUGGAAAAAAUGAUGAGGGAAAAGUGUGUGGAAACGCAGAAAGAGAUUGAGGGGAUUGAUAAACACAUUGAAGGGAUGGAGAAAACAAAGGCAGAAGUGGCUGAGAAAAAUGAAGUUAUAAACGAAAAAAUCAAAUCAAGUUUGAAUUUGGAGCAGCUGAAAAAGCUGCUGUGCCAGAGAUGCGACAAAAGGAUAAGUGAAGCAUUUCAUAGGAGGAUCAAAAGCAAUGAAUAUGUUGAUGAGCCUUAUCCAGGCAUUGAUGAAGACAGGCUCAGCGUUUUGGACAGUGUCAGAGAAAUGAGGCAGUCCCUGCAUAGCAAUAAUGGGAAUAAAGAAUGUUUGAUAAUGUAA